UUGCUUUGAAAAAUUCUAUAAUGCUUGUUCUGUUAACUCACUGGGACCUUAAGGAUUUUCUCUGAAAUAUACAGACUUAAAGGACUCUCUCUGAGGUUCUUUGGCGUCUACUCCUCAGUCUGGCCCCUAUGUUCGCCUGUGUGUACCCUGGAGUUUCUGUGUGCAAUUGUUGGCAUCUGGGUCUUGGCUAACGUUAGGAUGUGGGCCCCACUUUAGAGCCACAGACUAUGAAAAGUUGAGUUAGUGCGCCCGGGACGCCAGGCAAGCGGCCUGUGUCUCCCCGGAGGAUGGUCUUACAGAUUGGCAUUAGGCAAGUGCUUCAUGCAGUCAGUGAAAUAGCCAAUGCCAGGUGCUCCAGCCAUCUUCCUUCCUUGUUUUAUUGAUUAGAACAGCAUGGACAAAAGCAAAUAGAAAUUUUUAAUGACUUAUUAAAAAAUAUCACAGGGUUGGGGGGAGGGCAAAGAAAUUAGCUGAGAUUCAUCUCUGGAUUGAAAAUCUAUCCCCCUUUCCCUGCCCCCAGCAGUGUCUCUCCGACUAAAAUUAGUGGAGAAAAGAUUACACUAGGCCCCGAGACAACUGCGGGUGCAGCGCUUGGACAAGGUAACACUCCUCGUAUUCACGGAGUGAAAUACUGUGUGAUGAUAGUUAUUAUAUUAUAUGACGGCUUCAUUCACUUCCCGAAUCACAGGGUGGUGCUUCCGUCGCUUAGUCCAAUUAUGUUAGCAAGCCGCGUAGAGAAGGCGGACAGGAGUCUUUGAGGCCUGGGGAAAGUUUGCAGCAGUUCCAGCGGGGACGACGGUGUGACUUGUAAAUCCGCCAUUGCGCUCGGCCCUGCCCUCCACACCGGGGGUAGGAGGGUUCGCUGGAGGGUUUUCCGUUUUGGUUUGUUUGUUUAAGCCUUGUUUUGUUUUUCAAUUCCUCGGCCCCUUUGUUGUCGAAAUUUUGACACCCCCCUUCCCCGGAGAAACCCACUAGUACUAGAUGAAUUAGUUUGAGAGAAGACUCGCGCACAGCGGCCUGAUCUGCAGAUGCGCGUCGGGAGCGUGACUGAUAGGUCUAUUAAAAUCACGCGUGUGGGAGAACGGCACUCACGCUCCCGCGUGUCAUUUCCCGGCAAAGACCCGGCACCGCAGAUUUCUGUCUCCAGAAAAUUCCGGUUAAUUCAAGAAACCCGCCCCGGGACGUGUGUCCCCGGAAGGCGCGCUCCGGGCCGGCCCGGGCUCUAGCGUCCCCCGGACCCCAUCCGGCUUGGGCCCACUCCCGCCUCCGCCCCACCCACGCUCUGCCUGUGCCCCGGGGCUGAGUCCUUGGAAACUGCAAGUGGAAAGCAGACUUGGCCUUGGCUGGUCUCUCUUUCCAGCCUAAUUGGCGAGAUUGAAAGGCCCGGCCAGAUGGGGAGGAGUGAGCGGCCCCGUAGCGAGAAGGGGGGACUGGGUGCCCCCCGAGUCCGGCGGGGUGGGGCGGUGUCAGGACAGAGCGAGGGCGGGGGGGCAGGUGGGGGACGCAGGGACCCCUCACCCUUCCUCCGCUCCCGCCCCGGGCGGGGCCUCGGGACCACCUCCCAGCAUCUGAGGGCGAGCACUCUCCUCCCGCUUCCUCCCAGCCUCGGCUGUUCUUCCCUCCCUCGGUCUCUCCCUUCUCCCUCCCCGGCGGUUCCUCUCCAGCUGCGCGCCCUCCGGGAACCCGCUCCACCCGCCCCAGAAGGAGCGGAGCGGCGUCCGCUGCUGGUCCCGACGGGUCCCGUCCGGGCGGGGGUGGCCGGGCCUCUUCGGAGUCUCGGGCCUCCGGGGCGCACCCCGCUGCCUGGGCCUCAAAGUUGCCCUUUCUCCGGCUCUGCCCGCGGCUGAGCCCCGCACACCGCGCCUCUGCCCUUCGGGUCCCGGGGCUCUGCCCUCCCUCCCAGCCCCCGCCAUCCACUCCCACCUCCCCUCCCGUCGCAACGCCGCCAUCACCGCCCUCCGACUCCCACCCCGAGACGCGUCUCCGACACCGGCCUCUCGGCGAGGCCCGGCCUUCUCUUUGUCUCUGAAGCUCGGCCGCCCCGUCCUUCCCCCGCCGAGGCCCGCGCGCGGCUCCCCUCUCAGUCCCUCUCUGGCCCCUGGGGGCCCAGCCUGAGCGUCGGGGCGGGGAGGGCCAGGUGUCGGGGCGGCCCGUGCUCCCCCCACUUGCCCCUCAUUCCUUCGGCAGCGUCCCCGCAGCUUCGGGGCGGGAGGGCGUGGGGGUCCCCGGGCGCCCCGGGAGCCCAUCUCCCUCCGGUCCACGCCGGGGCCUGGAGGCCAGGCGGGGUGUCAGCCGCCGGUGGGGGGCGAGUGGAGAUUAAGAUGACUGAUGCGAGGGACGGGGCCGAGGGUUUUGUGUAAAAGAGAGCAGGAUUAGCGGAGAGAAGUGCUGACCCGGGGUCAGCCGCAAGUCAAACCCUUUUACACUCAGCCGGCGGAACCGGCACGUCUCGGGCUGGACGGCAACAAGUGGGCAAGAGGGAGGAGGAGGGGAGGUAGGGCCCGGCCGGGUCCCCGGCGAUGGGGGGAGGGGACCAGGGAGGGGGAGGGGACGCGGCCGCAGCGCCCCAGGCCCCUGGCUUCCUGGGAGCGGGGGCGGGGGGAGCGCGCCCGCGAACUAGAGACCCGAACUAGUGCGGGUCUGGGGCCUGCAGGGCGUGCCUGGCUGCCCUCCCCCGACUCCAUCUCCUCCGUAAACACCUGCCUUUUCCAUUACCCGGGGCUGCUUCGGCUGCUCCGCUGGAGGGAGGACUGGAGAGAACGCUGCCCUCGCUCUCAGCCCCAGAGGCUCUGUUUUAGAAAUUCUUUCUUAAUUUCCAUAAGAAACAAAAAAUCUCAGACAGGCCUGGCUCCGCUCCCGGACCCCGCGUCCCCAGGCUCUCCAGGAAUCUGCGCCUUAGCUGAGCUUCUUCGCAGCCCCCGACCUGUUUCUGGGGGGCGUGUGUGACGCAGAAUCGGGGUAUAAAGUAUCAAGACUGUUUAUCACUAGACUGGCUUCUCCACCCGGGCAGAGCUGCGACUCCUGGGCGUUGCGCGUGGCGUUUUUCAUAGCUGAGGGAAAGCCGCAGCUCCGCGGGAAAGGAGUGAAAACCGGAGUGUGGGUGAAGAGGAGGGGGAGGUCAGGGGGCAAGGAAAGAAAGCAGAUGGAUUAAUCUUCCUUAGCAACCAAGCUGGGAAUUUGUGCUGAAAGUACAACCCAAGAGUUUUAACAUGAAAAACGCAUGAAGAACCCAAGCAAGUGAUAGAUCCAAAGACGGGAAAAGAUCAUCUAUUUUGACAGUAAAAAUAAAAGGAACGGGAUUGCCAUGUUUUUGUCUAAAUUACUUUUCAUCCGCCGACAUGAAACACCAACACUAAAACACAGAGGGCAAAGCAGUUUUUAAAACAACACAAAACAAGCAUCUCUGAGUGACCUGUCCGCAGCUCGCCCUGGGGGACAGAGCACUGGUGAUAAACGGGUUCUGAGUUCAAAAUCAAGUCACAGCUGCUUGGCAAGUUGCUAAGCGUGACUUGUGGGAAAAUCGCGUCUGGGAGAGAAACGCUGGACCUUGUGAGUAAUUCCCAGUGCCCGGUAGGCAGCUGGCCAGGCUGUAAUUGCCCUCGGCCACUUCAGAGCAACCGUGUGGCUGCAUUGAAGACGUUGUUUGUGGAGAGCAGCAGGUCAUCACAUGCAAAGCCUUGAAAUAGUCAGCCAGUCAAAUCAGUGGAAAAAAUCCGCUUUUGUUAGAUUUUGCAGUUUCAGGAAUUAGGCAUUCACUGCAGAGCUGCAGUUUUGAGAAAUUGCAAUGUCAGGCAUGUUCCCAAUGGGGAAAUAUUGUGAGUGUGGAGGAACGUGAGAUGGGGUUUGACAAUGGGGAGACUGACAAGAGUCAUCACCCAGACAUUGUUUUCUCUCCGAGCACCCCGGAAAUGCUAACGAGAGAUGAUAUUUAGUGGUAGCAGCAGCGCUCCAUGCUAGUCCUAUGCACUCCUCAGACGCAGAAACAGUCUUAGGCAGCCAAGGAACUGACCUGGGAUUUCCAGGGCGGAGGUGCCCUCCAGGUACCUAAAACCUGUCAAUGGUAGACUAGCAGUGUCAAGAUCAACCUGAAAAAAUUCAAAGCAGAGGUCAACUUACAUUUUCAUUCCAAGUAACAGAAUAGAAGGAAAGCAGGUGAGCAUAUUUUAACCUCAGAAAGGAUUUAGCAACCUCGUGCUUUAAGUAAUUCAAACUCUGUGGGAACUUUCAGUGAGUGGAAAAGCCUGAACUUCGGUGGUGAGUGUCCAGGUAGAUGCAGAAGCAGAAGUCAGUUCUUUGUGUUAGAAAUUGAACUGCAGAAUGAAGCUUCUCCUUGUAAAAACUAGCCGUUUGCAUUUUCACAGUGUCAUCAUGCUGGUCACAGAUUAGCUCUUUGUCCUUGGGCAAAUGUCCUUACCUCUGAUUCCAUUUCCUCAGAUGUAAAACAGAAAUUAUAAAACCAGCUUCACAGGGACACAUCAUCUAAGAUUCGUGCAGUGCCCAGGAAAUAAGCAAAUAGGAAGCACUCCAUCAAGGACCCCGAGUCAGCUCAGGGCACGUCCAAUGGACGACUGGGACAGUGAGUGCCACAUCUGGCCUAGGUAGGAAACAAUGGAAGCUGUACAAACCACAGUCCUUCCGUGUGUCCAUAUUAAUCACGAUUUCUCUUUAAAGUUGCUUGACAGUUGUGACAUUCAUUCUUUCAUCUGUUCAACACGCAUUUAUUAGGAGUCCAUUACGUGUUCAAGUUGAGUAUGAGCACAUGCUAUGUGUCCAGCCUGUGUCCAUGUGCUGAGGAUGUGAAGAUCAGCCCUAUCGGGCUCACCAUCUGGCGGGUGACACUAAUGAUCACACAGGCAGUAUGAUGUCAGUGGUUAUGGCUGUGUGACAGGGGCCCAUGCCAGAUGCUCAGGCAGGGUGCUCUUGCCCAGUGUGUGAGAACCAGGGAAGGUUUCACAGAGGAGGUAAAGCCACGCUGGAGCCCGUGACUUCCUGGUGCUCUGAUAAACACUCCCUCGGGUGGUCUUCCUGUGAGACUUGCACGUUGGGUGUUCUUUAUCGAUAGAUGCAGAUUGCAGUGUAAAUUUGAACAGAUUAUAUAUGAUAACUGCUUUGUUUUUUAAUGAAUGAUUGCUUCAGAUUGGUCUUGGUGGUCAAAGAUGGAAACUUAGAGGUUUACAAGGGUGAUGGUCUUUCAGCUUCAAGGUGCAUGGGAUCACUGGGAGAGCUGGCUCCAAAUUCAGGUUCUCAGACUCAGUGCCGCUGGGAGGCUGCUUCUGGGGUUCCAGUGGGCCUCAAGGGUCUGCCCUUUCCCAGGCACACUUGGGGAGAUUUUGAGGCCAAUCCUGGAUGACACUUGGGAAACCUGUGUUAGGAGAUGGUGCUUUUUUUUUUUUUUUAAUGGUAAGUAGCUACUAAGGCUGUUUCUAGAUCAUUUAAAUCUGAGUAGCUAUUUAUUAUUUAUAAAGUGCUCUCAUUUAAUUGUUCAAUUUAGAUGAUUUUUGAAAAAAAUUAAAUGAGUGGAAGGAGAAAAUAAUUUUUUUGAGCUGGAUUAUGAGAAUCUUCCUAAUAGAAAAUACCGAAGUACUGAUUCUGUUUCCGUUUUCCUGCGGGUUGUGUCAGCUGCCUGUAAAUACAUCCUGACUCUUCUGAAGAGCAGUUGGGGGAACGGAGGAAGCAGAAACCACACAUCCAUUUUUGCUUUAAAGACAGGAUGAGGAAAAGGACUACACAAAGUCACAUACUGCAUCUAACCGGUUCUAACUGCGACACACUGAUCUGUUAUGCCUUCCUGUCAUCUUCCGAGAAACUGUGGCUCUCAGGCUGGCCCAAGCCUGUGGCCUGGGUGUCCUCCAUCAUCAAGGACCCCUCUCAGGACAGGCUGCACCGAGGGUGGAAGGGCGGGCUUCCAGGGACAAUUCAGAGUCGUGUCGAUGCAGAUACCUCAGUGUACACUGCUCAGUUAGGAGACCACAACCUGAGACGUUGUUUUAAAGAGGCGAAAAAGGCUCCACUCAAGUGGCCCAGGAGCAUGACCCAGGAAGAUGAACACACAGAGCCAUCUUCUGCGUUACUGGAAAAUCCCAUGGAAACUAGUGUGGGGAAAGCAGUCAAGCCCGCGCGGAGCGAUUGUGAGGGGCUCUGCUGGAAUUUGGCAGCGCGGAGGCUUGGAGAGCAGCCCCAUGCUGGCUCCCAUUCAGCCGGCCCGUUUUCCUCAAGCUUUGGAAGUUUCACUCAGCCGUGCACUCAAUGGCUUCACAAAGCUGAUUACAAGCUUCAGCGCAUUCCUGAAGGAGCCAAAAGCGACGCAGGUGCAAACGAGCCGAGGGAGCCCCUUAUCCCGGUGACAGAAUGGGACAAGCUGGGAAAGGCUUGGACCACACAAAUCCAAGGCUCACCAGGCAGCAGAAAGCCUGCCUUGGGAACCGGGGGUCAUUAUCCGCCCUAUUCAAAGGGGCCUGGGGACACUGGGGGCCAGCGAGGCCAGCCUGGGCAGGAGCACCUCCGCCAGCGCGCGCCGACGACGGUGGUGGGGGGGUGGGGACCCCGCUGGGCGCUGCGGCCAGGCCGAGGCUCAGGGCGCUGGGCCGUGCGUUUGCACGGCCUGAGUCCUUGAAACCCGUUUUCGGGCAGGCCGACAUCAACCCUAGUGGGGAAACAGGAAAAAGAGCGUGCCAGGAGGCCACGCGGCGCGUGGGCAAUGCGCAACUUCUGUCGGGGUCCAGGCCACACGGCCACGUCUCAGCCGGGGUCCCCAGGCCACAGACACUCAGCUCCUGGGUCGCUCUGCGGCCUUUCUCCGAAGCCCACCUUUCCCGAUGACCCACUCCCCCGCAUGGCAGCGCGGGCCCGCAGAGAGAGACCCCAGGUGGGACAGUGACCGCGCUCGUGGAGUGGGGAUGGCGGGUCAUGCAGCGAUGGCCUAAGAGUGCUCGAUGUCGUCGAGGACGCUUUCGCGUCGACUCUGAUUCCGCGGCGAUGGCGAAGGGCAGUUUCCUCCCGAGUGAUUCACGAAGUCUCCUCUCACUCAGGAACCGGAAACUUGGGACUGCGGGCGCCAGAAAGAAACGGGCAGCGCCUCACGGAGCGCGCCGGGGAAGAGGGACUGCGGGAGCGGGACGCGGGGGCGGGAGGGGCGCGGCGGGGAGGGGAGCGCAGUGGAGGGGGAACUGGGGCGCGGGGGAGCGCUGGGGGCGGGGAGCGCUGGGAGGAGCUGCAGCUCCAGUGCCCGGGAAGGCCACCGCGUCCCAGUCGAGAGCCCCGCGCUGCGUCUAGGAGGGCGAAACACGCAGCCCCCGCAGAGGCCGGAGUUCGGAGCACCCUCGUGUGUGCCCCCUCUCUCCGAGCCCUGCCCCGCAGCGCGCCUGCCAAGGCCUCGGCCCUGCCUGCCGUGCUGAGGGCCUGGUUGUGCCCGGGGUCCCCGCGGGCAGGGCGCGGGCCGGCAGGGCGCGCGCGCCGACGUUCUUUUGUCUGAUAACUAAUUUGAGUUAAUGCGAUCUUUAUGUAAAGCUAA